UGCUUGUAAUUCUGAUUGAUGCUGCACUUGAACCAGUAAAAACGGAGUAAAACGGAACUGACAGAGCGUUGCAGCCAAUCUAAAGCGGUCUGACGAAAGUAGGUGGGACAAGUCGCCCACUUGCAGCUUACGUGAGAACGCAUCGUUAUUCCAGCCCAUCAUCAGGGAUACACCAAGGAUAAAACAAAGAUAAUAAUCGUUUUGCAAAAUGGUUUCCCACUCGCUUGCCUGGCCGAUGAUUUGUUUUACAACACUGUGGGGUUUGGUUGGAGUUGUAGCCCCCUUUUUCGUGCCAAAAGGUCCAAAUAGAGGAGUUAUCAUCACAAGUUUGAUAUUGACAGCCGUCUGCUGCUAUUUGUUCUGGUUAAUAGCCAUCCUGGCUCAAACCAACCCCUUGUUUGGACCUCAGUUGAAGAACGAAACCAUUUGGUACUUGAGAUAUUUCUGGGAGUAGAUACAGCUUGUUGUGGAAAGCCAUGGGAUAGACCCUUGAUCCCCUCUGUCAAUUGGCCUAUAAAUAUCAAGACUUUAUAUUGUAUUUAAUUUGUCAAUACAUAUCAAUACUUUAUUUAUAAAUAGUGUGUACAAUAUGUUCUCAGAUCCUGCUUUUGACUUGUUUCUGUCUUGUGAUGUGCUCAGAGCCAACAGGUGCUUUGAGCAGCCUGAUAUGUACAUUGCCGUCACAAUUGUGGAAAUAAUCAUAGCAAAUGGUUAGCUCUAUAUAUUGUUCAGAGUAGAUUGGACCCACUUGUAAAUGUAAAUCAGGAUUUAUUUCAGUGAAAUGAUACUCUCCCUCAAAUCACUGAACAGGUAUACAUGCCUGAUUUGCUGAAAUAUUUUGUGUGAAGCACAUUUUUGUAGCAUAUUUUGUUUAAUGUCAGUAUACCUUUUUGUUCAACAUGCCAAAAUGCAAUUCAUGGGGAAGGGUUGAAUCAGGAAACCAUUGAUCAGAUGUGAUGAGGAACCCUUAGCAAAAUGAUAUGCACUGACCAGCUAUCUAGCCAGUCUGAUCCAAUUAGCUCUUUAUCCUGAAGUCCAAAAGAAAAGAAGACGAGGUGUCAUUUUGUCCUUCCCUAGUCCUCUAAAUAAAUGGAUAAAUGAAUACAUUAUAAAAACAAACUCAACUAUCUGCAGUUCUGCUGGGUACGUUUCAUAUAAGAACCUUAAAUAUUACCUUUCAAAUAUUCGGCCACUGCCAAGACCAGACUGUAGUGUUGUAUGUUAAUAGUGUUGAUUAUUUAAUUUCAGAAGUAGUGUUGGUAAUGUUUGGCUGUAUAGUGUGAUUGUGUGAUAGAAAAAUACUGUUUCAUGGUGUAAGUCAAAUGCUCUAAAGAAACACAAACAUUCAUGAAUAUGCUUGCCAAUUUCUCUAUUAAUAAAAUCCUGUAAGUGGC